UUUUUAGAAUUAUUUCCCUUUGGCUGAUGCAAAAUAACAUCAAUAAUCAGUAAUCAGUUACUAGGGCGUUUAUCUGGGAUAUUAUGUCAUGUAUGUGGAAAGGUGCAAUAUAUAUAUAAUGAAUGAAUUUAUAGUUCAACAGACAAAACUGAAAACAAGCCUCAACUAAUGAAGAAUAGAAAAUGAAAAGACACAUAUCUAAGGAGCUGCUACAAGCAGAAAGACUGGCUAAACAGAUGGAGUCCGAGGAAUUGGUCACACCCCUACGCCUCCUACUGGUGCUUAUCAUUUCUGUUGUCUUGGUUACAGCUGUAUCGUUUAGCGCUGCCAAUAAAUCAGAUUAUUUACUUUCUGCAUCCGAUGAAACCAUUAAUUUGACUUCAGUUCCCUAUAUUUAUGAUUACACAAAAGCUGAAAAGACAAGGGAAGAGAAUAUGGAAUUUUAUAACCAACCUUUAGAUCAGUGGAGUGUAGAAAAGAGGUCAGGCCUGUCCUUAGAUGAAUUCUGGGAUAUAUAUGAUGGCAAAUGGCCUGUUAUAAUAACAGACGUUGUUGAUAAAUGGCCAGCUAUUAACUGGACUAAACGUUUCUUUCAACAACAUUAUGCAGAUGAAAAAGUUAUGGUAAAAGCUGUUGUGAAUAGAAAACCUGCAGCAUUAGCAGUUGACAUGGACACUUUUAUAAGUGAGCUGGACACUUCUGGACCAAAUGGGUGGACCUAUCUUGAGGAUGAACUAUUUAUAGUCACCAGACCUGAACUGAAGAAAGAUAUUGGUCCUAAUGUGUAUGCAGAAGAAAAUUUCUUUAAUCUGUUCCCAGAUGAAGUAAGACCAUGGGACUGUUUGAUGUUGUGGGGUUCACAAUUUUCUAGGUCCAGUUUACAUAUGGACCCUUACAACUGGACUGCUACAAAUGCUGUUUUGUAUGGUCAAAAGUCAUGGAUGCUUUUUCCACCAGGACAGGAUGAGUUAUUAUAUAUAUAUCCAAAGAGGAAAUGUCAUUUUCCUCUUGAUUGUGUCAGAUAUGAUAGCCCAAUUGAUGCUUUUGUGCCUGAUUCAACCAAGUACCCACAUUUUGAUAAAGCUCAGUAUCUAGAGGUUACAGUUACUGCCGGAGAAAUGUUAAUUAUCCCAACUGGAUGGUACCAUCAGGCUUUUAAUGAAGAGGAGACUCUAGCUAUUUCUAGUCAGAUCAUGAACAGAAAUAAUUACCUGGCUGUGUUAGAGGAAAUCAUUAAAGGAGGGAAUAUCAGUAGAAAGAAAUUACCUGCUUAUUUCAAUACACUGCUACCCCCUGAGUAA